AUGGCAUUGCAAUUCGAAGCCUUCUGUGCAGAGGGCCUGGUCCCAGGCUGGAGCCUGCUGGUCCAGGGACAUACUGAUGCCGGAGAGGACAAGUUUGAGAUCAACUUCUUGUCCGAGGCGGGGGACAUCGCCUUCCACAUCAAGCCCCGAUUCUCCAGUGCCACCAUGGUGGGCAACAACUUCCAGGCUGGCCGCUGGGGCCAGGAGGAGGUGUCCAGCGUCUUCCCCCUGACACUGGGGGAGCCCUUUGAGAUGGAGGUCAGCUCCGACUCACAGCACUUCCACGUCCACGCCCAGGAGCACAAAGUGAUGCAGUUUGCGCACCGCCACAGGCCGCUGGCGGCCGUCACGCGGGUGCAGGUGCUGAGCGACCACCGCCUGGCCCAGGUGGAGCUGGCCAGGAGGGGCCUGAGCUGGGGGUAA